AUGCAAAACUUUCAUAUGGGAUCUCACACGUUGAAAUCUCAUGGAGUCAAAGUGGCUAAUGUGCACAAGUAUGACUGGAUAAUUCUUCUACUUCUUGCGGCAAUCGAUCUUACUUUGAAUCUCAUAGAGCCUUUUCACCGGUUUAUAAGUGAAGAAAUGAUGACUGAUGUGUCAUACCCCUUUCAUCCAGACACUAUACCUAUGUGGGCCGUUCCGAUUUAUGCAAUAAUCUUGCCGACUGCUAUCUUUUUUGCAUUCUACUGGAAGAGAAAGAAUGUUUAUGACUUGCACCAUGCUAUACUGGGUCUUUUCUAUUCAGUUCUGAUAACUCUGGUUAUCACUGAUGCAAUUAAAGAUGCUGUCGGUCGCCCCCGUCCCAACUUCUUCUGGCGGUGUUUUCCUGAUGGAAUAGGUGUGUAUGAACCGAACAAUGGGAAUGUUAUGUGUACUGGAGAUAAGAAUGUUAUAAAGGAAGGAUAUAAAAGCUUUCCUAGUGGCCAUUCUUCAGUGUCAUUUGCAGGUCUCGGUUUUCUUUCGUGGUACUUGGCUGGGAAGAUCAAAGUGUUUGAUCGUCGAGGCCAUUCUGCAAAGCUUUGCAUUGUUCUGUUUCCACUACUUGGUGCUGCUCUGGUAGCAACCUCGCGGGUGGAUGACUACUGGCAUCAUUGGCAAGACGUUUUGUCUGGUAGUCUUAUAGGAAUUGUCAUAGCAUCAGUUUGUUACUUGCAGUCUUUUCCUUAUCCAAACCAGGAAGAAGGGUGGGCACCUCAUAUAUAUUUUCAAAUGAUGGUUGUGGAGCGCAAUGAUGCCUCGUCGAGAAGGCUUAACCCUUUUAAUGCACAAAGAUCAGAUGUCGAAACUGCAGAUGAUUCCCAUUCGACCUGA